AUGUGCUAUUCCUUUCCACUUUCCCCGCUCUCUGUCUUCUUUCUCCUCACCUUCUUGAAGUCGGUGGAUAUUUGUAUAAAGGAAUAACUCUUAAUUAAACUUCUAUGGUAUGGGACUGAUGGGAGUUUGUUCAUCAGACGAAAAGCAGAAGAAAACAAUGGUGGAAGAAGAAGAGAAACAGCCUCUCUUGGGAGCUUCUCCCGCCCCACAAGGUGGCUUCAGAACCAUGCCCUUCAUUGCUGGAUUGUGACCGACCCUACAACUGUACAACUGAUGUAGUAUAUGGACUCGUGAAUAUAAAGAUGGAAAUUUGGCAUUGAUGUUAAUGGCGAAUUGCGGGUUAACUCCCAACAUGAUAUUGUAUCUGAUGAGGGAGUAUCGAAUGGAUAUGGCUACUGGCUCGAAUGUGCUCUAUUGGUGGAAUGCAGCUUCGAAUAUCACUCCCGUCGUUGGAGCUUUAAUGGCAGAUUCUUUUGUGGGUCGGUUUCAGAUUAUUAGCAUCGGAUCUAUUAUUGACCUUUUGGGAAUACUUCUGUUUUGGCUAACAACUAUUAUACCACAAACAAGGCCGCCUCCCUGCACUGAAUCUAACAUCAUUUGCCCUUCUGCAACAACUCUGCAGCUUCUUCUUUUAUACCUCUCCUUUAUCCUUAUAUCCAUUGGUGAAGGGGGAGUAAAAGCUUCUUCCUUGGCGUUUGGAGUUGAACAGUUAAAUAAUAUCCGGAAAAAUGAGAAAGCAAUGGAGAGCUUCUUUGGCUGUUAUUAUGGUGUUAAAAUGGUAUCUGUUAUCAUUUCCUUGACUUGUUUGGUCUAUGUCCAAGAGAACAUGGGAUGGGAAAUUGGUUUUGGAAUCCUUGUCUUGCUUAUGCUAUUUGCUACUAUUUUCAUCCUCUUGGGGUCCACAUUCUAUGUCAGGUCGAAGCCCAAAGGAAGCUUAAUCACGGGUUUAGUUCAAGUGAUUGUAGCUUUCUAUAGAAAGAGGAACCUCGUGAUACCAUCCGAUAAUGGAGAUCUUGUGGCAUACCAUCAACAAGGUACCAUGAUAUGCCCCCCAAGUGAAACACUAAGACUAAUUGUGUCAGGUUUCUGAAUAAGGCUUGCAUAAUAGAAGAUCCCCAACAAGACGUAAAUCCAGAUGGGAAAGCCUCAGAUCCAUGGAGUCUUUGUACAGUAGAGCAAGUAGAGGAGCUUAAAGCAUGCAUUAAGGUAAUCCCAAUAUGGGCCACCGGAGUUAUAAUGAGCAUUAAUGCCAGCCAAAGCACUUUCUCCACGCUUCAAGCGACCACCAUGAACCGCCACAUAGGAUCAUCAUCUAUGAGCUUUCAAAUCCCCACUGGCUCUAUAAGUAUGUUCUCAUAUGCCACCAUCAUAAUGUGGCUCGUGUUAGAUGAUCGAAUCAUUAGACGAUGUCUCCAUUUCAGUCCGAUGGUGAGAAUGGGGUCGGGGAUCUUCGUCUCUUUCCUUUCUGUCGUGGCAACAGCCUUGGUGGAGGCUUACCGGCGGAGCCUCGCAAUAAAGGAGGGAUUCUCUGAAAACCCCGGGGGCAUUGUGGAUAUGUCUAUUCUGUGGAUCAUACCACACUCGCUUCUCGCGGGGGUUGCUGAAGGAAUGAAUGCGGUUGCUCAGAAUGCAUUUUACAUUUCAGAGUUCCCGCAAAGCAUGUGGAGCAUAGCUUCCAACUUUUUCGGGCUAGGGAUAGCGGUGGCGAAUAUGCUAGCAAGCUUUUUGAUGAGCUUUGUUAAUGAGGUCACUAAAGGUGGGGGAGAUGGGAGCUGGAUAUCAAGCAACAUAAACAAGGGUCACUAUGACUACUAUAAUUGGGUACUUGCUGGAUUGAGUCUGGUAAAUCUUUUACUAUUCUUCUUCUUUAGCCGUGCUUAUGGCCCCUGCUGUGAAGAGAGGAAAGUAAAGGGUGGCAUUGAAGUAGAGUCUUCAUGAACUCCCUUCUAGCUACGAUCCUCGUAUUAUCAUUUACCACAAUAUAGCAUCUCCUUUUUGUAGUUGUAUUACUGCAUUUUGGUGCCCUGGUAUAUAGAAUGAAAGAAGUUAAUUAGUACUCUGAAUAAGUUUCAAUGUCUUUGACUCCUACCAGUCCAUUUUAUCGUAAAUUCUGGUAUGAAUCAUUUGAUUUUUCAGUAUAGAUCUUAGGUAUGUUCUCUAAAAUAUUAGCAUUAAUCAAUUCACACGAUCAAAGUUAUCAGACUUAAAUUUGUCUGGUUUGUACGUUUAGCAUGAAACAGGAUAUGUAAUUGGUUGUGUCACUGCAAUUGAUCAGAAUAACACACUAUUUGGUAGUGAUGGACAUUUUUGUUUACGAUUUCGAUACGGAUUCAGUUCAAUGCAGGUGACAAAGUCCUCGAGUACCUCAAGUUGAGGACUUGAGGGUUGGUUCUUGCUGGAGCCUGCCUGCCUGCCUUUUCCCUUGGGUUUCUGUUAGGUUGAGCAUGGAUGGACCCUGCAGGCUGAUCCUUGCCAAUCAUCUGGUGGACAAACUCUCCUCUGAUGCAUGAGUGCGAUUCAUUUUGGUUCUUUUUAAUUUACUCGAGAAGGGGUAAUUAGCAUAAGCAUAAAUUCUACAAGAACUAUUAUAAUUUCUACGUAUCUUGUUUUGGUUCUUUUUCAUCUAUGCAGAUUCAGAUUUGCAGUGGUUAAAGAAUAAAGACCGAUAGAUUACUGAAAAAUUCUGAUAUAAUAUGCUUCAUUGCAUAGGCAGUCUUAACCCCAAGAAUAAUACUACCUUCCGCAUAAUGUAAAAUACCUGAAUUUGGUUCAAGUUUUAAGAAAAUAAAGAAUAAAAUUGUUAUUUUUCAAUUUAAUUAACAUCCAAAACGUACAAAAAAUACGUAGUAAUAAGAUGGAUCUACAAAAAGUAAAAACUAAAGAGUUAAAUAAAGUGAUAAAAUGAGAAAGUAAAAUGUUAGUGGAAUUAUGUUUAGUAAAAAGUUUUUGGGUCAUAAGUAGUUGUCAUUAACAAUGUUCAAUCGUAAUUUAUACUGGAAUAACAACAUUUCAUAAAAACUCUGAAGUUUAACAUAUCUUGAAGCUUGUGUCACUCAAUCAAAAUAUGUUGAUAUUCCAAUCAACUAGGGUUGGAUUCGGUUCGGGCCACCCGGCCCGUGACCCGGCCCGGCCCGGUACUGUGCGGGCCCGGGACCGGCCCGGUCGGGCGGUCCGGGACCGGGUAUGGGCCCGAACCAGGGGGAAGGGGCGGGGCGGGCUCGGUUCAGCAUUUUUGUGACCCGGCCCGGCCGGGUCGGGCCCGGGCCCGGGUCCGGGUCUAUUUUUAAAAAAAAAAACUUUUUUUU